CCCAGCCAGGCCCUGCCCAUCACCUCGCGCCCCAUUGAGGGCAAUGCACAGCGUUUGGCGUGGGACGAAUGGCUACGCCUGCCACUGGAGCAGAAGACGUCGGAGAAAAAGGUGACGGCCAAGUCGAUAUUCACACUACCCUUCCGCCACUGUCCGCCCGGUCAUAAGCUUUAUAAUGAGCGCUGCAUACCGCAGAUCAACAUCGAUCCCACGGACAUACUGCAGCAGGAGCUGAUGGAGUUGCUGGGCGGUGAUCUGGGUGGCGGACCGGGUACCACUGGCGGCUUCGACUACGGCGACUAUGGCGACGAUGAGGGGGAUGCUAUUGAACAGGCGCCCGCGCCGUCCAUGCAAAUGGGUAAGCAGCCAACCCCCAGCACUGAGGAUCAGGCGCUGCCUAGCGAGGAUGCGCCACUAAAGUUUAAUAUAUUUGAAAAGAAAUUGCUAACGGGCGCUGGUGAUGCGGAGCCAAUGGAACCCACGGUGUUGGAGCCGCCCUCGCUGAACUCCACACAAUCCGGCCAGUCCAAUGCCACAUCCACAACAGCCGCUACCGCUGCAACAACAACCACAACAGCAACAACUAGUACCACAACCACAAGAGGCGCCACUGCCACGACACCCACUAUUUCGGUGGCAACACCAACAAGUGCCACUUUGCAGCUGGAUGGGGGGAGGAGGAAGAGCGCCAUUGUCGCGGAUCUGCAGGCAGCGUCCAGCAAUUCAAUGACUGCAACAACAACAACAACAACUACAAACACAAUUGCUAUGCCGAAUAGUAGCAGCAGCAGCAGCAGCGACAGCAUUGCUUCAGCCUCGUCGCCAUUUCCAUUUGGCAGCAUCGAUGCGAUCGUGUUGCCCGCAGGCCUGAGGCCGGAUGCGGCUGCCACGGGCGUGGGUGUCAGCCUUGAACCGCCAAGCCUCCAGGGAAUCAACGCCAAUCGCAACGAUGACGGGGAGGCCGUCCAGCUGGUCACGAGCACUCAGCGUGAAGCGGAUUUCGCACAACUGCUCAAGGCCGACGCCUUUCUGCCAGCCUAUCCGACCAGUGCCGAUGUGCAGCCGUCGUUCAGCCAUCGCCGCCUCUCCCCGCUCCUGAGUGCGGACAUUGAUGGUGCCAAAGAGGUGAAGCUCGAGGCUGAGAGGAAGGGGGAGGAGGAGCAGGUCGCCAGCACCGACAUUGCGCCAAUGGCUGUUUCAAGCGAGGAGUAUGCGUACAGCGAAGGCGACGAUGCCAGCCAUAACGGUGAUGAUGACGAUGACGAUGGCGUCGAUGAUGAUGCUCCCACAACAGUGCCAGGUGCUGGCAUUGUGAAGCUGGAGGCCAGCAAUAUGGAGUCCCAAACACCUCAGACUGUAGCAUUGCACAGAAACAUGAGCAGCAUUGCUAGCUCGGCAGCAACAACAGCAACAACAGCAACAAUAACAGCAACAACGGCGACAGCAAUAGCAACAGAAAGGAGCAGUGCAUCCUCAUUAGCGACGACAACCACAACAACAACAGCAGCAGCAACAACAACAACGACAGCAACAGAAACAGCCACAGAAACAACAAGUGCGUUGACCACACCCACAAUGCAGCUGGAGGCACAACAUCCGCAACGGCAACAGGCCAAAGGGAAAGAAGACGAAGCAGCAGAAGAAGAAGGUGAAGGUGAAGAACAACCAGGCGAUGAACGUGGAAAUGGCGUUGUCUUGAAAAAAUCGAAAGUGGAACCGGUUCAGUUGAGCACCGACGCCAGCCACAAUGAUGAGUCUGAUUUUGAUGAUCAUGAUGACGAUCAUGACGAUCAUGAUGAUGGUGCUGGUGCUGGUGAAGGUGAUGGUAAUGGUGAUAAAGAUGAUGACCGGUUUUAUUAUCAACAUUUUGGCGACGCACAGCUCAAAGAUAUGGAUGCGAGCGACACCAGCACAGACAACAGCAGCAGCAACAACAACAACAACAACAAUAACAAAAGCGAUAUGACAGCCAGUGACAAUUUAAUGAUGAACACUAUUGCCGGCAAGGGGGACGAGGACGGCAGCGCUGGAGUUGGCGACAAGAGAGCAAGUGAAAAUAAUUUCGAACAAGAAUUGCGCAUAAUAAACGAGCUGGUAAAGGGCAAAAGGCGCUUGUCCCAGCAGCAACAGCAGCAGCAGCAACAGGCCUCAAGCAGUGAAACAACAACAACAACAACAACAGCCACUGCCACAGUCGAUAACUCAAUAACUGAUGUUUUGACGAAAGCGUCAACAACAACAACAACAGCAAGCGAUGAAGUUACUGCAACAGCAGCUGACGAUGCAAUUGCAACGACAACAGUUGGCGAGGCUGCAACAUUGCCAACAAUUUGGUCCAAAAUAAUGCCAAUUUUAGGUUUCGGUGUGGCGGAAACAGCGAUAGCAACAACAACAAUUGCUACUACAAUUGCUGAAUCGAGUGCCGUUAACAAUGCAGCAGCAUCCACAGAAACAACAGCACGUGUUGCUGAUGAUGGCUCCGCACCAGCAGCAACAACAGCAGCAACAACAGCAGCAACAACAGCAGCAACAACAGCAGCAACAACAGCUGCAACAACAGCAGCAACAACAGCUGUAGCAGCGCAUUUAAUUAAUAGUAAUGGAAAUCGUAGCGAUAAAAAUAUUAAUAUAAUUAGCAUAAAUAGUUUAGUUGAUGAACCCAAAAUACCAACAAAAGCAACAGCAACAGCAACAGCAGCACCAACAACAACAACAACAGAAGCAGCAACAACAACAACAACAACAACCACAGCGACAAGUAGCAGCAAUGAGAACAACGACAAUUACACGCCCUUCUGGUGGAUGCCCAUAGGCUGGCGCAUCGAUCGUGUCGUUGACAAAAACGGUGAGGACCGUUCAUUGCUGUUGCGUUUCAUCAGCAAUUUUCAGUCGACAUCGACAGCAUCGACGCAAGAAUCACAAAGUCGCUAACAACAAUAUAAUAAUGGUAGUAUUUAAUAAUUGAUAGUUUAAACCAAUAGGACCUAGAAUGUUACCAAUCAUGCAAAUGCAGCUUAAAGGCUCGCCCCCUAUCCCCAACUCCUUCGGCAUACCCCUCUCAACUCCCUAACUUCUUGUCCUCUGGCUGCUCGCACGCUCUCGCUGUUUUUGCCGCAGAGCGUUGUUGGAGCGCAUCGCAGAUUGUUGCCUCUCCUAUGCCUAUGUCCUUUGUCCCUUUUGUCAAAUCCGUUUCAAUUUUGUGUUGAAGUUCGUUUGUUUGAUAAGUUGCAUAGGCGAUAAGCUGUAGCCCUCACUUGCACAUCCUUCAGCUUUCUCCACAAUUUUUAAUUGCUUUUAAGCUCUUCUCGAGGUGCAUGUGUAAAUACGAAUAACAAUUACAGUUUAGUAUUUAAAGUAAACCCAACUACUACUUUUUCUAUCACACCAAUUUUUUUGUUUUUUUUUUUUUUUUGCAAUCCUUUCCAAUAAUUUUUUUGUUGUUAUACUAUGUGCUGCAUUUUUAAGUUGUUGAACUAAUUUUAAUUGAUUUUUUUUUUAAAUACCAUAGUUUUAUUUAUAUCAGUGUACGCGUAACUUAACGAUUGUAGGGCAGGACAGGCAACUGUUGCUGCUCCAGUGUGUUGUUGUUGUUGUUGUUGGUGCAACGAAGAAUUUUUAGCAAUAUUUCAUUGUGAUUAUUUAAAGUUAUAGCUAGUUCUAGUACACUAUACCUAUACACACAAAUGCGAAAUGGAAUUACUUGAUAUUAUAUUUGUAUGCAAAUUGUUUAAAGUUAGUUCUCGUAAUUUUUGUAUUUUUUUUAUAUUAUUAUUAAUAUUAAUAUUUACACAUUAAUGUAGGUAAGUGUCGUCGUAUUUGUCUCUGUGUAUAUAGCAUAUAUCGCAAGCCAUCAAUAAUGAGAGAAGGAUACGAAUAUAAAUGUGAACAAAAGCACACACCAUGUAUAUGUAUAUUUAAUAAUUUAAAUUUUAUGCCCGACAGCUGGAACCAUUUACUAUUAUUCAGCAGAUGUGUGGCAAAGCGUAAGCGCAACACUACAAAGAUAUUCUUUAGCAUUUAAGCGUAACAUUUAUGCUAUUCAAAAUAUAGAACCCCUAAUUGUAAUGCAUGUAAAUAGUUAUAAAUCAAUAUACCUACACAUAUAGUACAUACAUAUAUCAACUCCAAUGUAUUCCUUUUAUUUCUUCUUUGCAAUUACCCAGAAAACAAACUAAUUUCCAAAAAUGAGAAAUGUCAGAGCGAGUUUUUUUUGCGAAGGUUUUGCCGCUGAUUAUCAAAAAGCAGAACAAUGCAACUAAAUGUGAAUUUUUUUUUUUAAUUUGUCUGGCUCUGUCUUUGAGGUCUCAAUGCAAUGGCAGCCGCACAAAAAUUAAAUAAAUUUGUACAAACAACCAAAGCUUCAGAAUGAAAUAUAUAAAAAUAAACUAAA